AUGAAACUCGGUUUCAUUGAUGGGACUUUCCCCAGACCAACAGCUGGUUCGGUGAUCUUUGAACAAUGGAGACGGGUGGAUUUAAUGGUCACGUCAUGGAUUUGGAAUUCAAUUUCCAGAGAUUUCGUUGAGUCGUUCAUGUACGUAUCUUCCUCACGUGAACUUUGGCUUGAGAUUCAAGGUAGAUAUGGGCGGAGCAAUGGCCCUAUGGUCUAUCAAAUUCAACGGGAGAUAUCUUCAAUCUCUCAACGGGAUCUAUCACUGACUGCUUAUGUGACCAGACUUAAUAAAAUAUGGAACGAAUUGUCGUACCUGGCGCCUAAUCCCAAAUGCACCUGUGGAGGCUGCACAUGUGGUGUAAACAAAGCAAUUGCAGAGAGGAAUGAGAACACACAAUUGAUGCAAUUACUCAUGGAGUUACAUGAAAGCUUUGAUUAUGAAAAGAAGCUAGAUUUUGAUGCAAGAACCUUUGGCAGAGCAUUCUCCAUGGUUUUCACGGUGGAGAAACAAAGGUUCAUGGAGAGCAAAACUGGUACAAGUCCUUGA